AUGGCGGACAGCAAGGAGGCCGGCGGCCAUGUACCAUCGUGGGACGGUGCAGCCCGCGGCUGGAGAAGAUACACGCGGGAGGUGGCGUGGUUCGUGCAGGCCACACCCACCUACAAACGGCGCUACUGUGCGUCGAAGCUCAUGAGCCGGCUCACAGGGCCAGCAAGACUGUUGGCCAUGUCGUGGAGCCGGGCACCUUUUGACGCAGAGGACGGCACUCUUCGCUUUCUCCAACAGUUGGCAACUUCGCCACUGGUGAGGAGGACGCUUCCGAAUGCCGCCGCGAUCUGUCAGCAGUACUUCAGCUUCAAACGUUCACCAGGUGAAACCAUGGGAAACUUCCUGGUGCGCGAGACUUUGGUGCAUGAAGAGUUCACAGAAGCCUUGAUCAGGCUUCAUGAAGAGAAGCUUGGGGUUAGCCAAGCCGACAGGGAUUUCGGAUUGCCCCCUGUUGAGUCUUGGGAAGAUGCAGAAUGGCAGGACGGCAGCUGGUGGUGGUAUGGCGAGAAUGAGAAUGAUGAGGACCAGCGAGAUGGUCCCCCCGGCGACCCUGAUUCACCGCAAGGCGAGCGUGAGGCACAAGGCGAAGGCCCUGAAUCUCCCGUUCCUGACGAUUCACGGCUACCUCAUCGCGGCGCUACUGGUUCGUCUCCCAGUCACAGGGAAACAGCGGCUGGCGAUGAGCGAGUAGAGACUGGCAGCAGAGUUCAGGCACCUUCGCUGGGACAAGCAGCGCCUCGACCCAUCGAUGAGCUGUCUGUUGCGGAUUCCUUCAUUAUGAGCGUGUUACGUGGCUGGCGGUUGUUGCAAGCUGCGGGGCUGAGUGCAGAAGAAGUUCGUGAUAUACUUUCUUCUACGCGAAACAGCCUCGACUAUGAGACCGUAUCCCAGGCUCUUCAAGGCCUCUGGGACGAACAACUGCUAGGACAGCGACACCGGCACCAUCAGUCCUACCAGGCCAUGGCGUCCAACAUCGAGGACCCCGACCUCUUCUACCAGGACUAUCCCGCUGAUGACUGGUGGGACAACGAAGCUGAUUGGUGGGACGAGCAAGCCUACCUUGCCGACUGGGACGACUACUCCAGCUGGAAUGGCUGGGACGCUCAGGAGGACCUCGCCUACCAGGCGACUUCUGCUGAACCUCCUCCUGACGAUGAGAAGCUUCGCGAGGCCCAGCAGGCGGAGCAGAUUGCGGAGCAACUGGCAGUUGAGGCAAGGCGAUCGUGGACAGAGGCCCAGAAGGCCACCCAGGCCUUGCGUCGAGACCGGGGGUUCGGAGCCAAUGCUUCCAUGGCUUCUGGACCUCGCUGCUACAACUGCAAUGGCCCACACCUGCUUCGUGAUUGUCCUCAACAGUCAUGGAAGGGUCGAUCCAAGGGUCAGGGGAAGAAGGGCUACUACCAGCACAUCGAGGAUUACUUCAUCGGCAAGGGCAAGCACAAAGGUCACUCUUCCGGGAAGGGAAAGAAGGGCUACUGGAUGGAAUCCUACGCAAUGGGGAAAAAGGGCAAGGGCAAGGGCAAGACCAAAGAUCCUACGUCCCGCUCUGUCAAUGCCUACUCCAGUGACCUCUUCUUAGGUGGCCUCGAGGUGUCCGAAGCCCUGGAAUCCACUACCUCGCCUACGACAAGUUCCUCUGAUCCGCGGAAAGGAAUGCUCGACAGCGGCGCAACCGCCUCAGCGGCACCCGAGGCUGUUGUGAAGAGUCUCAUAGAGACGGUUCUCCAGUGUGAUCGCUCGGCACGCAUCGAACUGGCGCAAUACGCUCGUCCCUUCUUCAGGUUUGGCAAUGGGAAGUGGAGCAAGGCCCUUGGAAGAACCACUUUGUCAUCUAGCGUGUCGGGUUCCCUCCGAAGUUUCUCAUUGUACACCCUACCGAAUCCCUCCGAGUACUACUCUAGUCAUUUCGACAAGUCGUCAUUGGUCCCCGUCUUGGUUGGCAUGGACUUUCUGGGACCCCAGGGUGUGGGAAUGAUUAUUGACUUCGGGACGGGACUUGCCAUGAACUCCAAGGACCCUUCGCCCCAAAUCUACAGCCUCGAAACCAAUAAGAAGGGCCACUAUGUCUUGGACAUUGCGCAGUACCUCACCCAAGGAUGUCGCUUGAGCUACAGCGCAGUUCACCCACAGCAGCUUCUUCAGCUCAGAUGUGCAGGGCAACUGCUGCCCCCAAUCUCCCGACUACUUCUUCCUCGCGUUCACAGCUUGAUGGCGGCGAUGACGACCCCUCAGCUGUUCCAGUUGGACGGCGCCACAGCGCCGAAAGCGAAGGCAAAGGCGAAAGCUCGCCCGCUCGACCCGGCGCGGGCCGUCACUGCGGACACCCGCGAUCCCCGUGCCUCUCAGGAGACUUGGCCAUGUCAAGGUCGACAUCUACCCGAUCGGUCCGCUUCGAAUGCACACGGCCAGUGGACCCACUGUGCCGUCUGCGACCUGAGGCUCCAGUACAUACCCAGAGUGGGGUCACAUGCUCAGUCGACGGAGACGAAGAACCCGGGCAUGGUCAAGAGGAUGUUGGAGGAACUUCGGCCCCUUAUGCAGGGCCGGAAGCCGACGGCAACCAUUUGCCGCCACAUGCAGCGGAAGAUCGAUGCGGAGGAGGUCUUGCGCACCGCCAUCACGGAGCACAUCGCGGCCAAUCCCACGACAACGACAACGGCAACUCCAUCGACUCCUACGACGGUGCCUUCGCCAACGACUCCCCUGGAUCCUCAGGGCUACGUCCAGACGAGCAGCCCGGAAGCGGCAUCAACCACCAGUUGGACUGUGAUGCAGGACGAUCAGGGCAACGAUCUGGCGGCAGCCUACGCUCAGGAGUACCAAGGGAGUAUCAAUCUGCAAACGGGCUACGAUUUGUACAAGACAGCUACCUGGGACCAACUACGAUCUCUACGACAACGACAUCGUCCCUUGCGAGUGUGGUUCUCCUUGCCCUACUCCAAAUGGUGUCCGUGGAACAACAUCGACUACAACCGCGCGGAGCGACAGGAACGACUGGAGUCCGAUCGUCGAAAGGAAAGGCGAAUGUUGUGGCAUGUGAAUUGCUUCAUCAAGGAGGCCUUGGAGGAGACGCCGGAUAUCGAGAUCUACUAUGAGUGGCCUCAUCCAAGCAAUGGCUGGAAGCAACACCCCAUGAUCGAUCUCAGCGACUACAUGGACUCCAAACAUAUUCCCUGGCUCACCUGCCGAGUCGAUGGUUGCAACUACGGCUUGAAGAACUCCGAUGAGUCUGCGUUCAUCCAAAAGAAGUGGACCAUUAAGACAACCGAUGAAGGCUUUCACAAGAAUGGUGUCCCGAGCGAGGACGUCAUCUCCUACUACCCCUGGCGGAUGGUUCAAGCGAUCACCCGCCACUGGUGCGAUCGCCUUGAACCGGAACCGGAGACCACUCCAGAAGAUCCUCUUACGGAACAUGGCGAGCCAGCUUGUCGUGAAGAAGAUGAUGUUUAUGAUGACUUCACCAUGUCUGAAGUUGAGCGAUUGGUUUCGGAAAACAUGGCUCGAGAAGCACGGCUGAUGAAGAACUUCUCUUUUGAAGCCUUGGAAAGCAUAUUAGAACAGGUCCUCACCAAGGUGACUCGCAAAGAGGGUCAACAGCAUCGGUGGUCCUCGGGAACUCGAGCUCGACUUCUUCUCGGAGGCUACUCACACGGAGCCUUCUCUGGAGUCACCAAUGUGACAUACCGUCACAAAGAACUCGUUCAAUACGUCAACGCCUUCCUACAACAUCAACUACCUGGACACCAAUGGUCGAGCCUCUUGCUUGGGCUCAACAGUGGCACCAUCCCUCACAAGGACAGCCACAAUCUACGUUACAGUACCAACAUCCUCACCUGCGACUGUGGAUUGCUGGUGAAGGACCCGGCCAACGAAAAAGGCGACAACUACCAGAUGGAACGUAUCAGAGUGGACACAUCCGGCCAGCGAUUGAGUGUGUCCGCCUACACCACACGGUUGACUCCAUCACUACAAAAUGAUGACCGCAGCCUUCUACGUCAACUUGGCUUCCCAUUGAUUGUUGAUGCCACCAUGGUUGCUAAUCCCGCGGAGAUGGAGCUGAGACCGGCAACACCCACGACUGCCUUGGAACCUGAUCUACCACAACUCCCUGACGGCGUCACCAAGGAGGAAUAUCGUUCUUGGGAGGCCCAAAUCUCUAAGUUCCACAAGGCGGCCGGGCAUCCCACCAAUCGCAACCUUGCAAAGAUUGUUCAGGAUGCCAACCACCCCGCUUGGAAGGUUCAGGUCGCACGACAACACUACUGUCCGGCCUGUGCGAGCCUACGACCGGGAGGAAUUUCGACCGGACAGGUACCACCUAUCAGCACGCACCUUCAGUACGGCGCUUGGGAGGCAGUCGCGGUGGACUCUGGAGAGUGGAUACCUCCAGGAAGGAGGAUCAAGUGGAAGUUUCUCAUGUUCAUUGAUGUGACCACUAAGCUACGAGUGGUCCAGCCUCUCUUCGAGUACAACUUCCUGGAAAUGCGAUCUGAAACCGGGCGCGACCUCAUCAAGGCCUUCUCUGAGCGAUGGUUGGGAUGCUACCCCAAACCGAAGGUUGUGAUCAUGGACAGUGCCAAGUCCUUUGUCUCGGCGGCUGUGGGAGAGUUCUUCUCAGACAUCAACGUCAUGACGCACUAUGUGGCAGAGAAGGAACCGUGGGCUAAUGGCAUCAUCGAGGCGGCCAUCCAGGAUGUGAAGCACACCGCAUCGGCUAUCAGCCAAGACGACCCCGCACUUCCUCCUGAAGUUGUUCUUCAGCUAACCGUGGCGGCCUUGAAUGCGACAGAGUUCACAGCGGGCUACUCAGCACACCAAUGGGCUUUUGGAAAAGCUCACCGUGCGACCGAUGAGGACCUACGGUCGUUUGCAACCGGUGAUCCCAAGGACGACUACGCCAAGAUUGUGGCUUCCAGGCAAAGGGCCGAGGAGAUUGCUCGGCACACCCGAGCACGACGAGUUCUUUCCAAGCUCAACAAUACCAUUGUGCGACAACCUGUACGGGACUUUCCACCUAUGACUCUGGUCAAGGUAUGGAGAAAGGUUUGGCCAAAGGAGCAGUACUCUGGGAACAGGGGUGGCCUCAAAAAGUCUGGUCGUCCUCACUGGGUGGGUCCUGGACGCGUCAUCUUCAACGAGAUGCUGCCCCACCAGUCUGAUGAAGGCGACCGGAAGCAUGUUGUGUGGGUGCUCAUUGGGCAUCAACUCCUGAGGUGCUCUGUUCACAGCGUUCGCCCCGUGGACGAAGUGGAACGGUUCAAGUUUGAGACCUCCGGCGAGGAAGAUCCUUCACGUUGGCGAACCCUCGCAGAUGUUCUACCUAGACGUGAAUAUCAGGACAUCACCGAUCAAGAGCCCGACGCCGAUGAGAUUGAAAUGCCCAACCUUCCGGAACAACCAGACGCUUCAACUACGGCAGGGCCACCGCGCAGAGUUCGAGGCAAACAGCCAGCAGCAGCCGAACCAACAACGACAACCGCCAAUGAAGGUCCCGCGGCGACGUCAUCCACUUCAAUGCCUACUGAACAUCCUUCUCCUGAAGUCAAUGAUUACGACCAACCGGAUUCCAAGAGAGCCAAGGUGGAUGAUUGGGUGGAUCAGCUCUAUGUCGAUGCCCAGGCUGAGGACAAAUCCCUGGACAUACACACUGCCAUGGAAGACGUUGAGGAGUUUCUCCGCAUUGAGGUUGAUGUGGAACCCCCAACAUCCAAUCGACAAAAGAAACGACUUGAGCGCAACCCUGUGGCCUACUUGGUGAAGAAGAUGAGGGAUUCAGAAGUCAACAUCGCGAAGUUGACCAAUCAGGAGAGGAAGCUGUUUCAUCGAGCCAAGGUGAAGGAGGUGGACUCCUUCAUACAGAACGAGGCGGUUCAAAAGUGCAUGGAUGACAGGGAAGUCCGUGAGGCCUACGACAGCGGGCGCAUUAUGCGCGCCAGGUGGGUCCUUACGUGGAAAGGUGUACCACCAGAAGAUCAAGAUGCGGCCCUGAAGGAUGCGAAGGAGAAUCCUAGCACCCUUCAUGACUCCAAGGGUCAACGCAAGGCCAAGGCCAGGAUUGUGUUGCUUGGCUUCCAGCACCCGAAUCUCCUGGACAGGUCCUUCAAGACAUCUUCGCCAGUACAAUCCACUCUGGGACGUAACCUACUGUACUUGAUGGCAGCUCACCACCAGUGGGACUUAGAGGGCUUGGAUCUGGCGACGGCGUUUCUUCAAACAAUGCCGACCGAGGCUGAUCAAGGCCUCUACACCUCUGGGGUGGAGGAGCUUCGACAAGCUCUCGGCGUGUCUGAAGAGGGCAUUAUGAAGAUCAUGAAGAAUAUCUACGGGUCGACGACCGCACCACGCGGCCUAUGGUUGGACCUACAUCAGAAACUGACGGCCCUGGGCGCCAUUGCCAUCAUGGGUGAACGAUGCCUUUGGAUAUGGCUUUCCAACAAGGAAUGGGAUGGCUCGCAUCGGCGAGUCAUUGGCGCCAUGGGUGGCCACGUCGACGACUUUCACCGCAUUGGUGAUAAAAGCUGCCAGGAGUGGCUGGACAUCCGCCAGCGCAUUGACGAGGCCUACAAGUGGGGGACGGCAAAAGUGGGCCGGUAUCGACAUGCCGGCACUGACAUUGCGACCGUGGUGGACAAGAGCGGCUUCAAGCGCAUCGUUGUCGACCAGGAGUACUACAUCGAGGGCCUGGAAGACAUUGACAUCGAGGCCGAACGACUACAACAAGAUGGUCCUCUACUUCCUCGAGAACUGGCGGCGUGCAGGACGGCUCUGGGAGCUCUCCAGUGGCUCGCGGUGCAGAGCCAACCGCAACUGUGCAGCAGAUGUAAUCUGCUGCUUACCGAAGCUGUUGCAUCUGGGACCUUACAGACGGCCAGGGAGAUCCAGGCCAUGAUUGCUGAAGUUCGGCAGGAAUCCUUUAAGCUGUCAUUUUUCAAGUUUCCCACUGCCAAGCACUGGUCAGACAUCACCUUCAUUUCCAUGGGCGACCAGGCGCACAACAACAGGGCCAAAGGUGACAGCACCGGAGGACUUCUGACCUUAGCCGCAGGCCCUGAAGCCGGCGACGGAAAGGUCUGCCCCAUGAAUCUCAUGUCAUGGAGAACUUGGAAACUUCAAAGAAAGGCCCUGGGCUCCAACGACGCGGAAGUCCAGAGUGUAUACGAGGCCGAAGAUCAAAACUUCAGAGUUCGUCUUCUGUGGACGGAGAUGCACGGAGCUGGAGGGGACACUGAACUUCGGUCUAACCUUGUGCAGACCAAGGAAGAGCAGGUGACCCGAGUACGCGGCAUACUGUGCACGGACUCGAAGGGCGGCUACGACGCAUUGGAGCGGAAUGAGUCACCGCUUCUUGGAUUGUCCAACAUGCGUGCUGCUCUCCAAGCAUUUGCACUUCGUGACAAUCUAAAGCGAGUUCGAUGUGAACUACGUUGGUUGGCUUCCGACUAUGACCUUGCCGAUGCCAUGACAAAGAAACGAGCUGAUAGCAGAGUUGGACUACUGAAAUUUCUGAAGACGUGGCUAUGGAGCAUAGCCUUUGAUCCCAACUUUGUUUCCGCUAAGCGGAAUAAGAAGAAAGGCAAGGAGAUCGGAGAGAAAGGCGGAAAGGGAAUCCAGCUGAUGCUGAUGAUGCUCGCAUUGCGCGUGGGUGAUGCCGAUGAUUCUCGCGUUGCGGGCGCUGAGUCCGUCCAAUCACCUGGCCUCCUUUACCUGCUGAGGGUUCAUCGGCCAUCGGACAGAGGUGGCAAGGACAUCCAGCUGAAGCUGAUGAUGCUCGUGUUGUGGCUCACUCAUGCUGCACCUGCUUGUGGAUUCCAAGGCCAGGAGAUCGGAGAAAGAGGUGGAAAGGAAGUCCAAUUCCAGGAGAUCGGAGAGAGAGGUGGAAAGGAAGUGCAGCUGAUGCUGAUGAUGCUCGCGUCGCGAUUCGCUGAAUCCGUCCCAUAG